AUGGAGACGAUCCAGAGCCGAAGACGCGCGUCACGGCCGGAGCAGCAUCGACACCAGACGCUCGAGGCGGAGAUCGCGCAACUUGAAGCGCGAGGAGCGCUGUUACCGCGAGACGCGCGAACGCUGCGAAGUCAAUUGCACAACAGCACGAGCGGCCAAAUGGACGCAGUGGACGCGCGUCUCAAGCAGCUCGCGCGUAGUUGGAAUCCGUAUCAAGACGGAGAAGAGCUGCCAGCUGAGGACAAGAAGAAGAAGAAGACGGAGCUGAAGGCAGAGAAGACAGAGCUGAAGAUAGAGCUGAGGACGGAGCUGGACUUGUACCAGGUUUUGGCGCUGGACAGCGCUGUUCAGGUGACUGCAGACGACGUCAAGCGGCAGUUUCGCAAACUAGCUCUGUUGGUGCAUCCAGACAAGUCAAAGCGGGCGCGUCGGUCGAAACGAGACCGCGAGGGUCCAGCAGAUGAUCGAAUUGCAGACGACUUGCAAGAUGUGCACUCGGUAGAGUUUGCCCGGCUGCGGGUGGCCUAUGAGACGCUGAUUGACCCGGUGAGACGUGCAGCCUAUGAUGCCAAGCGACUGGAAGGUCCGCCGUCGCAGCGGCAUCGUCAGUUUGGUGAAGCCGUGAAGGACCAAGUGAAGCUGGAAGCGUCGACGGACUUUGCGUCGCUCGAGUGGAUGGCACGAGUGAAGCACAAGAUGGACGUGAUGGCGCGGAUUGCCGAGUGGGCCACGUUGCUGUCGCUCGAUGCGACGGAGUUGCGCUUUGAGACUGGCGAGCCCUGCACUGGUAACGGAUGUGGUAAGAUUGUGAGCAUGGAUCGAGACUUGGAGUGUUCCGGAUCGCCGCGUCGUCGCGUGUACAUUUGCUUGCUGCACAAGUACAUCCACGCUUGUGAUGAGCGAUGCACAAGCGCGUUCGGCGACGCCGAGCUGGACUGGCGCGUCUGCCCGAUGCGAGCGUAUUGGCUUGUGCAGAACUGGCUGUUUGAUCAGUUGCAGAACGCAGCGUCACAGCAACAGCAGACGAAGCAGCGUCAAUGUGGCGUGGCAGCUGUGGGGAAUCAAAGUGGAGAGCCCGUGCGUAAGAAAGCGAAACAAGAUGCGGAUCGUGAUUCAAUAGACGCACCGAACGAGGCUAUGGGCAUCGUCAUGUGUGAGUUGGAAUCGUCGGAGAUUUUCUUGGGUGACCAGUUCACCCGCUUCCGUCUCGAAAAGCUCGAAGAGUGCGAAAGUCGCCAUUGUCGAGGAAGAUUUCAGUUUCUGGAAGAUGGCAUCUACGCCUGCCGCCGUCACGGUACGCCUCACAUCUGCACUUUCGAGCAGUGUGACCGACAGGAGUUGCGCGAGGGCAGCUACGUCUGCUGGGUGAGUGGCAAAGUCUAUGGCCAUGAACGCGAGCAGGUAGGCACCGAUGUGCGCACGCGUCGCGUCGUGUUUGCAGACGCACAGGGUGACGAGAGCUUUGUGGAAAUGGAAGUUCCGGUAAUGCUGCCUCUGGGCAAGCCCACGGGGGUCUUACUGGAAGGAGACCCGUCGUUCCAUCGCUCUGACAACGUGUCAUCACUGUCUCCACCGCCACCAGACGAGAAAGCGUGGAGUAAGCGCUCGCUCGCAAGUUCGAACGGCUGGGCUGACUGUGCUCGACCGCAGAGGCGUGACGCGCAAAAGAGCUGUGAGCGCCAUCGAGAACGAGAAACGUCGCCGGUGCGCAAGCGCUUGCAUGAUCGGCUGUCGGCAAAAGUGGAGAAAGCAGCGACAAGGUCGUUCCACAUCUUUUUGAAGCUUCCGCCACCUGUUGCUAUUUUGCCAAAAGUAGCGCUGGAGCUAGAAGAAGCCACAGGUGGCUCAGACGACGAAGACUUGUCAACCAAAGGCAGUAGCAGCAGUAGCAGAGAGAACUUGCUGCAGAUCUUUGUGCACUCGCACCACACUGUGAGCUACAUCAAGUGCUGGAUGGAAGAGCUCACGGAGCAACAGUUGUCGAUAUGGGAUCAGCAGAUAUACUGGGACGACACUCUUAUCGGUGAGGAGGCCAACUUGAUGGUUCUGGAAGAGCAUGGAAUAACCUCGGGCUGUGUACUGGAGCUGCGUCUUCACGAGGACUGUCCGUUAUUGGUAUCGGCCUGGACUGACAAGAAUGCAGCGACAGGAGGUGCGAGUGGUGUUCCUGUUGAGUACAACACAUUGCAGAUUUCGAAAGAGGCGCAAGAAGAUAUGGGCGAGCAGCAGGAAGAGUGGGAAACCGUGGUCGCGGCUGAGGAGGAGGCCUUUGAGCAGUCACGGCUUGAGCUGAAACGCAGGAAGAUGCAUCGUCUUGGUGCUCUAGAGCAUACCGAAGUGAUUCAGUACGACAACGCGAAGUCGGUACCUCGACUUGUCGGCGUUAUCCAGAAGCAAGCUAUUCGUGACAGCGACGACAGCAAACACAUACGGCAACUCUUUUCCCCCGUCGCGAGUGUGAGCACGAACGCGCGAGAUGAGAAGGACGAAGCUUUGGUACCUGUUAAAAGCGAGGUCUUGGCGAAAGAAGAGCAAGCGCAGAUUCCACGAGGAGCCAAGGCAAUGCGAGCAUUGUCGGAUGAUGCCAGAUCAGUAAAGCGCGCCAGGAAGGUGCAGAUAAAGCAGGAGUAA